UCCUCAUUUCUUUCCCUCUUUUAUCUGUUCCUUUCACUCCCCAAAAAAAAAAAAAAAAAAUAUUCAACUAAAAUCUCACCGUUUUCCAUCAAAACCCUAACCCUAGCUCAAGAACUCCGAUCAAUGGAAUCCGAGGAUCUCAAGAACUCCCCUCACAACUCCAACGGCUUUCCUUCAGAGAAGCCCACCGAAACCCUAACCCCAGAGAAAGAUUCCGACGAGGAUCUCGAGACUCCCGACGGAUCCGACGCCUCCGGCGACGAUUCCGCCGUCAAGAUCCUUCACCAAGAGAUCCACGUCCUCCGCCGCGAGAAAUCGGAGCUUCAGCGGCGGAUCGAUGAGCUGACUGCUCAGUUGGAGCAAUCGGAGACUGGAUCCAAGGCCGUCGCCGAUCAUGCUUCGUAUCUUGAAGGAGAGCUCAUCAGGGUUCAGGAGGAUCUCGCUAUGGCGUCGUCGGUGGUUGAUGAUGCGGAGAGUGAGAAGAGUAAGCUUCGAUCGGAGAUCGAGAAGUUGAAGGAGAAGGUUGCGAAUCUUGAGGUGGAGAGAGGGAAGAAGGACGGGGAGAUUAGGGUUUUGAAGGAGGAGCUUAGGGUUUCUGAGGAGAGGAAGGCCAUAAAAGAGGAGGAGCUGAAGGAGAGGAGUUUAGAGUUGGAGAAGAGGAUUGAUGAAAUGGUGAACAAAGGUCGAGAGGCCAUGGAGGAGGAGGUGAAGAUUAGGGUUUCGAGGGAGGAGGAGCUUGAGAAAGUUAUUGAAGUGAUGAAGGAUAGAAAAUUUGAGCUCGAGGGGAAUUUGGCGAGCGAAAAGACUAGGAGAGAGCAGGACUUGGAGAAAACUGUGAAGGAAUUGAAGGAGAAGAACUCAGAGCUCAAAGAAAGGAUUGAUGAGCUUUUGUUGAAGGAGAAAGAUACAAGUGAUGAGAGGAGUAGGGAAAUGGGAGCUCUGACUGCUGCAAGUGCUUCCAAGGUUUCGUGGGUCAUGGCGGGGGAGAGGGACUACAUUUAGUUACCAUGCUUGAUUCUCCAUUACACUAUGUUUUCGUGAAAAGGGAAUGCGAGUUGUAUGUUCAAUCAGGUCUCGUUAAAUGUGAGAGGUCUUUCGGAUACGUAAAUAAUACCAGUAUUCUUAUUCUUUUUA